AUGGUCUUCCUCACUCAGACUAGUGUUGGAAUCCUUGGAAAUUCUUUACUCUUUUGCCUGUAUAACUUUUCUCUAUUCACUGCACAAGUGUUCAGACUCAUAGAUGCGAUUCUCAUACAGCUAUUCCUAGCUAACAACUUGGUACUGUUCUCUAAAGGGAUUCCUCAGACAAUGGCUGCUUUUGGAUUGAAAGACUUCCUGGGUGAGACUGGAUGUAAGCUUGUCUUCUACUUGCACAGAGUGGCCAGAGGUGUGACCCUCAGCACCACUUGCCUACUCAGUGGCUUCCAAGCCAUUACAAUUUGCUCCACAUUUUCAGGGUUGUCAGAGACCAAAAUCAGGUCUCCAAAGUAUCUUGGCUUCUGCUGUUUUCUCUGCUGGAUCCUGAACCUCCUGAUAAAUACGCAUACUAUUAUGAAUGUAACGGGACCAAAGAACAGCAGGAACAUGAGUAGACAAAACAUGUACAGAUACUGCUCUGCUCCUGUCACUAACAGUUUGAUAUUCACGCUACUAGCAACCAUUUACGUCCUUACAGAUUGGACUUUCUUGGGUGUCAUGGUCUGGGCCAGUGGUUCCAUGGUCCUUCUGCUGCACAGACACAAACAGCGUGUCCAGCACAUUCACAGCCCAAGUCUCUCCCCCAGAACUUCCCACGAGGCCAGAGCCAGGUGCACUGUGCUGAUCCUGGUGAGCAUGUUUGUCUCCUUUUAUGCUCUGGCUGGCAUUUUAUCCUUUUGGAUUACCCAGACCCCAAGCCCAAGCCCCUGGCUCCUGAGCACCUCUGCACUGCUGUCGUCGGGCUUCCCCACGUUCAGCCCCUUUGUGUUUCUCUUCAGUGACACUCAUGUCUCUCAAUUCUGUGUUCUGUCAUGGACAAGAAAAACAAAUAUUCCACCACUGUUCUCUGGGCUUUGA